AGGAAUUAGGUUUUUGAAUUUUGUGGAACUGUGAUGGAUGAUAUACCUGAAUGGCUUAAAGGGUUGCCCCUCGCACCUGAAUUUCGACCUACUGAUACUGAAUUUGCUGACCCCAUUGCCUAUAUAUCAAAAAUUGAGAAGGAAGCUAGUGCUUUUGGUAUAUGUAAGGUCAUUCCGCCAUUGCCUAAACCUUCAAAGAAGUAUGUCCUUCAUAACUUGAACAACUCUCUAUCAAAGUGCCCUGACCUCAAUUCUGCUGGUGCCCCUGUUUUUACCACCCGACAUCAGGAAUUGGGUCAUACUGAAAAGAAGAAAUUCCCAUUUGGAGCUCAGAAGCAAGUCUGGCAAAGUGGACAACUUUAUACACUAGACCAGUUCGAAACCAAGUCCAAGAACUUUGCCAGGACUCAAUUCGGCAUCGUUAAGGACAUUUCUCCCUUCCUUGUCGAGGCAAUGUUUUGGAAAACUGCUUUUGACCACCCUAUCUACGUCGAGUAUGCAAAUGAUGUGCCUGGUUCUGCCUUUGGGGAGCCAGAGGAGAAUUUUUGCAGGACAAAAAGACCACGUAACAGGAAAAUUCUUGAUAGAAGAAGUUCGAGUACUAGUGUGGACAAAGGUCGGUCUCAUCAUAGUGUAGAGACACCAUCCUCUACUUUGUUAACCCCUUUAUCAAACUCAUCUCCUUUUAGGCCAAAAGGUUGUAGUAAUGCUGCUGAAAUGGAAGGUAGUGCUGGUUGGAAGCUUGCAAACAGUCCUUGGAAUUUGCAAGUAAUUGCGCGGUCGCCUGGCUCACUCACUCGCUUCAUGCCAGAUGAUAUCCCUGGUGUUACUUCUCCAAUGGUCUAUAUAGGGAUGCUGUUUAGCUGGUUUGCUUGGCAUGUUGAGGAUCAUGAGCUUCACAGUCUAAAUUUUCUUCAUACAGGAUCCCCUAAGACUUGGUAUGCAGUGCCAGGAGAUUAUGCAUUUAGUUUUGAAGAAGUCAUUCGUUGUCAUGCUUAUGGAGAAACUACUGAUCGAUUAGCUGCUCUUGCGCUAUUGGGCGAGAAGACCACUCUUUUAUCACCUGAAGUUCUGGUAGCAUCAGGCAUCCCCUGCUGCAGGUUGGUACAGAAUCCUGGUGAAUUUGUUGUAACUUUCCCAAGGGCCUACCAUGUAGGUUUCAGCCAAGGCUUCAAUUGUGGCGAGGCUGCCAACUUCGGUACUCCACAGUGGCUUGCAGUAGCCAAAGAAGCUGCUGUUCGUCGAGCUGCCAUGAACUAUCUGCCUAUGCUCUCUCAUCAGCAGUUGCUUUAUUUGUUGACAAUGUCUUUUGUUUCAAGUGUGCCAAGAUCCCUGCUGCCUGGGGUUCGAAGCUCUCGUCUGAGAGAUCGUCAGAAGGACGAAAGGGAGUUUCUGGUAAAGAAAGCCUUCGUUGAGGAUAUAGAAAAGGAGAGCGACCUGGUAACAGUUUUACUUCAGAAAAGCUUUUCUGACUAUGCAAUGUUGUGGGAUGUGGAUAUGCUUCCAUCUUCAGGUAAAGAAUCUGAACUGCACAAGAAUGUUUCUGCGGAUGCUUCUAAAGGGAACGAUCAGUCUGACAACAACGAUAGUCAGGAUGUAUUAGACCAAAUGAGCUUAUACAUGGAAAAUUACAGUGACUUCUAUGUGGAUGAUGAUGUGUCAUGUGAAUUUGAAAUCGAUUCUGGGACAUUACCCUGUAUAGCUUGUGGGAUUCUUGGUUUUCCAUUUAUGGCUCUGGUACAACCAUCGGAAAAGUCUGCAAAACACCUUUUUCCUGAGGAAUUUCAGAAUAAACAAGAAUCCGGAGUGCUGAAACAUGUGGAGUCGGAUAACCAUAGGUGCAUGUUUGAGGACUACAAUAGAGUUGACAGAAUUGAAAGAAAUGGAGUGCAUUCCUUUAACCAUGAUGAAGUGUCUUUGUCUGCCCAGCCAAGCGAGUCUGCAGUUUCUCCGCACGAGGGUCAAACAUCACAGUCUCAUCAUCUUUCACAUAUAGAUAAUGCAGCCCCAACUUCAAAAGUUGACCUUGAGAAGGAAUGUGAUGUUUCUAGAGGUCUUGUAAGACCACGGAUAUUUUGCCUUGAGCACGCAAUUCAGACUGAAGAACUGCUGCAUACUAAAGGUGGAGCAAAUGUUCUUGUGAUCUGCCAUUCAGACUUCCAAAAAAUAAGAGGACAUGCUGCUGUUGUUGCAGAGGAAAUUGGCACGACAUUCAAAUAUAAUGAGAUUCCGCUGGCUAAUGCAUCUCAAGGACAUCUUUCAUUGAUUGAUCUUGCAAUCGGGGAUGAAGAACAAAACAAAUGUGCAGAAGAUUGGACACUGAAAUUAAAUAUUAAUUUAAGGCACUGUGUGAAGGUGCAAAGGAACUGUCCACUUAAGAAAUUAAAACAUGCAUUGAUUUUGGGUGGAUUAUUCUCUGAUACAACUCGUAGUUCAGAUUCCUUGAGUCUCCUCAAGUGGCGGUCCAGAAAAGUGCGCUCAAAGAGAAAGUUGAAUCAUUCAACAGAAAGUACACCAUUUGCAAAUGUUCAAAUAGCAAAGGUAGUUUCAGGGUCUACAGUGGGCGUGCAGAAUGUCAGAAAGGGGAAUAUAACAAUCCAGUAUUCCAGGAAAAAAUACAAGCCUAAGGAUUGUAGUUCUGCGCAGGUUUCCAGGGUUUUCAUGGAUCCAUUUAAUGUUCCAAAAGAAGUUUCACUUGCAGAUGCAAAAAUAUUAGGAAGUACUCACCUCAGGGAUGAAAAUGCAGGCACCGCUUCUUUAGCAGAAAGGUUCUUUGCUUCUUCUGAUGGGAAACCCCGAUUGCGAAACGAACAUGAGAUGCUUUUACUAAAGAAAGACCGAAAUGGGGAUCUCCUUGCACCACAAAAACCAGAUUUACUUGUGACGACAUCUUUAAUGGUGGAAUUCGAUGAAGCCCAGGCUGAACUUUGUACUACUGAGAAGUUUUCCUUGGAGGAUAAAACUUGUGAUACAAAUUCAAAUAGUUGCCAUACAGAGAAUAAGACCAUGGCUGCAGAGACUAGUGGAGAAACAGAGAUAGCACAUGUGCAUACUCCUGCAUGUACAUCCAUAUAUGUGGUUCAAAGCACUGCAUAUAAUGAAAAUUUGGAGGAGAAUCGGGAUAUGACGGAAACUGUCAUCAGAGAUAAAUCUGAUCAUCCGACGGAAGCAGAUUUUGAAAGAGAUCAUCAUAGUGGGGAUGAUAAAGCUAUUAUGACCAGAUCUCCCAUGCCUGUUAACUCCUCAGGAUCUUGCACUGAUGGUCCUUCAAGAAGUUGUGAUAAGAAGAUUGAGGAUCAAGACUCGCAACAAUUUGGCUCAGGUAGUGAGACAUCUGAUAGUGAAACUUUGCUCAAAUCUGUGGAGCAAGAAAUCCAAAUGCAUAACUCAGUUAAAGACAUAGCUGUCUGUGACCAUGUCACACCCAUAGAAGAAGCUUCUGCCUCAGCAGAACGUCUCAAAAUGACGACAGAGACAUCUAGUACUAAGCACUCACAGAGUGGUGAUGACAUCUCUGAGCAGCAUACGAAUGGAAAAAAUGGUGGCAAAAGGAGGUGUGAGCUAGACCUCUCAACUGAUUAUGGAUGUAGUGUUAGUGGCUUUGUUAAAAGUCCAUGUGAAGGUUUAAGGCCACGAGCUAGGAAAAAUGUACCUGGGAGCAGAGUUGAUACUAAGGAAUUUCUUGAGAAGAAACCUAUGGGAAAUAAGGUGGAAAGGUCUUUACAUAGUUCCAUCAUUCCCAAGGAUAAGAAAGAACAGAAGAAGGGAAGUCAUAGGUGUAACUUGGAAGGGUGCUGGAUGAGUUUCCAGACAAAGGUAGAGCUGCAACUGCACAAACAGAACCGGUGCCCCAUUGAAGGGUGUGAGAAGAAAUUUACCUCCCACAAAUAUGCUAUGGUUCAUCAACGCGUUCAUGAAAAUGAUCGGCCCUUGAAAUGUCCAUGGAAGGGGUGCACCAUGACAUUCAAGUGGGCCUGGGCAAGAACUGAACAUUUGCGCGUACAUACUGGUGAGCGGCCAUACAAGUGCAAGGUUGAGGGUUGUGGACUGACUUUUAGGUUUGUAUCAGAUUAUAGUCGGCAUAGACGAAAAACUGGGCAUUAUGUAGAUGCGGCCAAUUGAGAUUAGUUACUUUAAUCAGAUCGAUGGGUUGUGUAAUGUACCAAAUACUAGACUGGGGUUGAAAAGGCAAUCAUGUAAACUAAUGGGCACUUAUCAGUUUUAGC